AUGGCCGCCGCACAUACAACUCAGCCCCGCACGCGCGAGAGGCGCCCUGCUGUCCCUAUGCUCCUCGAGUCCUUUCCCGCCCCGCCCUCCUUCAUCCCGCCCUCGCCCCUCCUCAGCGGUCCCUCGUCCCCCUUCCCUCGCUCCGCCUCCCCACUCCCGUCCCCUGCGACGUCUCCCCAGUCGCGCUUCCCGCCCUCUGGCCCGCCCUCGUCCCCUCCCUCAGGGCCCCUCCCUCCAGUCCCAGGCCCCUCGCCGAUAAGCGAGCAUGACACUCUCAUGUUCAUCUCCGCCGCCCGCUCGCGACGCGCGUCCAAAAUGUCGCUCGCCUCCUCCGUCUCGUCCCAGCGCGACUCCAUCAUCAGCCUGAGCAACUUCUCCCUCCCCUCCCUCUCCCCCUCCGCAAGCACCGGCUGCUACGACUCCUCUGCUUCCCGCUCCAUCCGCUCCUACUCCUCCAGCAGCUCUCUCUCCGUCCCGGGCUCCCAUCAAAGACAUCCGGAGCGCUCUCCGGUGAUACAGCCCCGUAUCACCGAAGAGGACGCCGCGGACUUGACGCGCAUGUACCUGGACGACGUCCAAGGCCUCCCCGAGCACCUGAGCGACGACGAGAAAGUGCUCCAGAUCGGACUGCGUCCCAACCGGCGCCGCAUGCGCUACGACCACGCCCGCGACUCGAUCUCCUCCGUCGACAUGAGCGAGAUCCCCCCGAUCCGGGACUACGACGACGACGACUCGCCCGGCGCGAACAUCCCGGCCCCCACGGAGCACACCGAGCACACCCUCCGCAGCCCCGUCGACGCGGACCUGCCCCCUCCGCCCCCACUCCCGUCCGCGUUCUCGUCCGCGGAGACGUCCGCCCGCGCGUCCACGUCCUCCUCCGCCACCGCCGCGCCGCCGCCGACGCGCCUCGGGCGCACCGGCUCGGGCUCCUCCACGAGCUCGUCACGGCUCCCCGCGCGCUCCAAGUCGCAGCCGCAGCACGCGCGGCGCUCGUCGAGCCCCGAGAUCGACGACCUCCUCGCACGCACGCCGCGCCCGCGGCGCCAGUCGUCGCGCGGCGACGGUCUGCGCUCGGCUUCGCACUCGCGCUCGCGCUCGGCCUCGCGGGUGCGCGGGCCAUCGCGGCCUAGGUCCGGCGACUCGACGUCCGCCCCGGGAUCUCGUCGGACGAGCGCGGGGCGGAGAGACGACGGCGAGCGCGGGAGGCGGAUGGGGAAGACACCGAGGAGGUCGGGGAGCUCGACGGACGCGGCGGCGUACGAGCAGACGGCGAUGGUGGGCGCGGGCGAGCCGUGGGACGAGGACUCGUUCGUCUCGGACUACGGUACGCCCUUGGACGGCACCGGCACGCCGUUCGACAUGCUGGACGCGGAGGCGGAGGCGCGGCUGGACAGGGAGCUGGAGGCGAGCGACUCGGAUUCGGAUCUGGAUUUGCACACGCCGUUGCCGCAACUUAUGGUGCGUGACGGCCUGCUGUCGCCCAACUCGAAGCUCGUCGCGAGUUCGCGCGCGACGACGCCCGCUUUGGGCGAGCGCCCGGGAAGUGUGGUCAGCAUCGCUUCCACGACCGGGUCGAUGAUGACCAAGAAAGGACUCUUCAAGGACGAGCGCGACACGACGCGCCGCCGCGUCCGCCAUCGCGACGGCAAGCUCCUUCGGGGCGGUAUCGGUCUCACGACCGGGCUCGGCUGGAGCGACUCCGAAGACGAAGACGCUCCCGCGCCCCUCGUCCGCCGACUGUCGAUGCGGAGCCUCCGGUCGCGGCCGUCGCUCCGGAGCAUCCGCUACAGCGAGGAGAUGACCGAGAACGGCCUCGAAGAGUUCGGGAUGCUCCCCAAGCCCCCGCCGUCCUCCGCGCCCCCCACGUCGUGGUCCUCGCGCAACGCCGCGAUGGGCGGCAUGGCGCGCCGCCCGAGCACGAGCUCGUCGUGGUCGAGCGCGAGCGGCUCCUCCAAGGCGCAGUCGCGCGCCUCCGUCGCGUCCUCGCUCCGCUCCGCCUCGAGCCACCGCGGGCUGGAGACGAGCGCGCUCACGACCAAGUCCCUCGGCCACAUCCGCGAGCGCGACGAGCUCCUGCACUCCCCUAGCACGUCGUCCUCCAGCGCGAGCGCCCCCACGCCCACCACCCCCGCGGACGCCCGCCCGCCCUCUCGCGGCGCCUCCGCGAUCCCGCGCAAGGCGAGCUUCGCGCGCCUCGACCGGCUCGCCACCGCCGACCUCGUCGCCGGCUCGACCCACAACCCGCACGUCACGACGUCGCCCGCGACCCCGGCGACGCCGCGCAGCGCGACCGUCCCGCGCCCGCUGCGCCUCCCGCAAGCCGCCGGGCUCCGGAUCUCCGCCGUCGGCGGCGCCGGCUCGCACUUUGACGGCGCGCGGAGCACCCCGGCGGGCGUGGGCUCGGGCUCGGCAUCGGGCUCGCGGAGCGCGCCGAGCAGCGCGACGCUGCCGGCGCCGCCGUCGCGCGUGCCGAGCCUGCAGCGGCGAUCGCGCACGCCGGCGACGCCCACGGCGGCGCACGACCGGACGAUGAGCGCGUCAGCUUCUCAGUCUCAGUCUCAGGCGCAGUCGCAGUCGCAGUCCCCCGCGGGCGCAGGUGUGAGCCGGAGCACGUCCGCGGGCGCGAGCGCGCGGCCGCGGACGGGGACGGGGAUGGUGUACCGCACGAGCGGGGGGAGGGGCGCGAGCACGGCGCCGACGACGCCGACGACGCCAGGCGGGCGCGCGGCGCCGUCCGCGUUCGCGUUCAAGGAGCGGCCCACGAUGCUCCGGAAGCCGAGCACGGGGAGCUUGCGGGCGGCGGCAGCAGCAGCGCGGUCGUCGUAG